AUGUCGGCAUACUGCCAAAAGGAUAGAGGGCAGUUUCACACUAUGAAAAGGUUGCACGUUCUUCAGGGCCACCUUGUGAGGAACAAGUUUAUGUCCAGUCCUCAACAACAAGAGUGUUUUGCACCUGUUCAGAGUGCUAAUGCAGCAUGGAAGCAGUCAGUUGAACAGCUUGGUGUAGAAAUCAACGAUCCUCCUGCUCAGCUUGAAACUGCCUUCAAAGCUCUUCUGACACUGGAGGCUGUAAAAUUUCUUGAUGAGUUGGUACGGGAGUUUCAGCAUGCAGUGGACAAGAUGCUGAUUCAUCGCCAGUUGAAGAAGUUAAACCUGGACAUUAAUUGGAAGUUGCCUGAUUUUCCCAAAGAUGAUCAAAUUCGCCGGAGGAACUGGACUGUAGCUCCCAUCCCACCGAGACUUCAAUGUCGUCAUGUAGACCUUGGGGAUGUAUCGCCAAGCAACAUGGAACACUUUGAAGCUGCUUUGAAAUCUACUGCUCAGGGAAUACAGACCGACUUUGAUGAUGGUCACUGCCCCACCUGGACCAAUCAGCUUGCAGGAUUAUACAAUGUCUACCGUGCAGUACAUGGACAAAUCCCAGGUGUAGCGACCAUAGAACAACUUCCAGUACUUAUGAUGAGGCCUAGAGCAUGGAAUAUGGUGGAAACCAAUGUGUUGGUUAACGGGAAGCAGAUUCCAGGGCCUCUGUUUGACUUCGGAAUAUUGAUGUUCCAUAAUGCCAAACUCCUGCUUAAAAAUAACAGUGGACCUUUCUUUUACCUGUCAAAGCUGGAAGGCAGACAAGAAGCUCAUGUUUGGAAUCAAAUAUUUUCCUGGACAGAAAAAAAGUUGGGACUCCCCCAUGGCUGUGUGAAGGCCUGCGUUCUGAUUGAGAAUGUCCUAGCCACGUUUGAGAUGGAGGAGAUUUUAUAUGAAUUACAAGAUCACAGUGCAGGAUUAAACUGUGGGAUCUGGGAUUACUCUGCUUCCUUUAUCAACAAGUUUGGUACCUGGAAGGAAUUUCUACUGCCUGACAGGAACAAAUAUGUUUCCAUGGACCGACACUUCUUAAAGAGUUACAUGGACUUGGUUGUGGCAACUUGUCAUCGUCGUGGUUGCCCAGCAACAGGAGGAAUGGCGGCUUCCUUACUUCCAAACUCCACAGUAACAAGUGUGGAUUAUGAAAAAGUUUUACACUCUGUCAGACAAGGUAAAGGGAAAGAGAUCAGAGCAGGUGUGGAUGGAUUCAUGGUUUAUGAUGUCCGACUGGUCCAGCCAAUGCAGAAGCUGUUUAAGGAGUUGACAAAUGGAGAAAACCAGUACCAUGUGAAAAGAGGCGAGGUGACCAUCACAGCGAGGGACCUUCUACUUAUGCCAUCAGGUGGAGUCACAUACGAUGGACUGAUACACAACAUUACUGUGGGGAUACUCUUUAUUGACAGCUGGCUUAAAGGUCAAGGUCACUUCAGUCUGAAAGGAGCAAUAGAAGAUUCAGCAACAGCAGAAAUAUCAAGGUCACAGGUUUGGCAGUGUAUUCGUCAUCAGGCAACUUUGGAGGAGGACAGUAAAGUCAUAACCUUCGCAUUAGUACAGUCUGUAGCCUAUGGGGUGGUACAAAAUCAGUUGUCAGAAAUUCGUGCCAGAGGCAAGGUUUCCAAUGAUGACUGCACCAGACUGAAGACAGCAGCACAAAUGUUCCUGGAAAUUGUCACCAAGAAGGAAUUCCCAGAAUUCAUCACCACCUAUCUGAGUUUGAAUCACACUUGGCUCAGAUUCCAUCAAACAAAUUAAAUAAACUUUAUUAAUUGGAAGUUGUUUUAGGUAAACAUUUUCUGUUUGAUCACAAAUCAGUGAUAUUGAUGUUUGUUACACCAUUAUCAAAGACUUGUUUUAUUGUUUUACUUAGAAAUUUUAUUCAUGACAUAAAAUAUUUCCUGUUUGAUCACAAGUCAGCGAGAUCUAUGUUACCAUUGUCAAUGAGGACUUGGACUAGGUCAGACAAAAACAUCUUUAUUUCAUUUUAAUCAGAUUUUUUAUGGUUACUUAGAUGUCUUAUACUUUUUACUAUAUACAUGUAGAUAUAUUUUUGAUACUCUUUAUGUUUCAAUUAACUAUUUUAGUAACUUGUCGCCCAUCUUUAAGGAUGGUUGGUGGAGCCAAGUCUUAAUGUAAUUUGUUGUUGACUUGUGUUAUCAAAUUGUUAAUGAUAUCAAAUGACCCCUAGAGAAAUUUAAUUUAUAUUUACACUAUAGCAACAUAUAGCAACGUAUGAGAUACAUCUCAUGAACCUCGUCAUAAAAUGACCUCUUGAUAGAUUUAGAUGGGAAGGAAAAGAUCAGGGGUAGGUCUAUAUUACUAUACCUAUAGCCAUCAUGUUUUGUCUGUCAUCGUGCGCUGAGUAAUGUGUGUUACCAAGUUUGUUCAUAUGAAUAACCUUGACCUACUUUCAAGGUCAUAGGGAUCAAGUAUGUUAAAAUCUUUAAACAACUUCUUCUCAAUAACCAAAGGUCCAAGGUGGUGGUAUUGGCAAGUAGUAUGAUGGGAUGAAGGGCUACCAAGUUUGUUCAUAUGAAUGACUUUCAAGGUCACAGCUAUUAAAUAUGUUAAAAUUUUUAAACAACUUCUCAUUACCCAAUAGGCCCAGAGUGCUGAUAUGAGGCCUGUAGCAUGCUAGGAUGUAGGGCUACAAUUAUUGUUAAUAUAAAUGACCUUGACUUACUUCAAAUGUCACAAGGAUCAAAUAUUUUCUCAGUAACGGAAAGGCCCAGGAUGAUGAUAUUAGGCUGUAGUAAGCUAGGUGAAAGGGCUACUAACUCUGAACAUAUGAAUGACCUUGACCUACUUUUAAGGUCACAGGGGUCAAAUAAAUCAAAAUCUGUAAACGACAUCUUCUCAAUAACCAAAAGGUCCAUGGUACUGAUAUUGGGCCUUUUAGCAUGGUGGGAUGAAGGGCUUCCAAGUUUGUUAAAAUGAAUGACCUUGAGCCAGGGAAAAUGUCCAAGGUACUUGAUAUUGAACCUGUAGCAUGCUUUUUCAACAAGCAAUAUGUCAGGAGUAAAGGCAUUUGUGUAGUGCAUGUAUAAAAGAUAUGAUUUCAAGUUUGCAGAAAAUGUCUUAAUGAGCCAAGCAAUGUCUUCUAUGUAAGCAUUAGUGGUAGUUGAGCCUACACAGAACCUUCCAUUUACGAGUUUUUAUACUUUCAAGGAAUGUUCAAAAUUUGAAUUCAUCAGUUUUUUCAGACCACCAUCAGCGAAUUCUUUGGUUUAUCCAUCCAUUUGUCAAUUGUCAGAUGACUGUUAAGGGCCAUGGCCCUCGGUAUUUUUUUGUUUUUUAUUCUCUUUUGCUCCUUAACGUGGCAAAAUAUUUUGUAUACGUGUAACUAUAGUUUCGGAUUUCUUAUAAACUAUGCAUGUCCUUAAAUUGACACUAUCAUGUUUCUUUUUUUUUUUUUUUAAAUUGUACAGAAUCUUUUCAUUGGAUUUAUGUUUUUUUCGAUUCUACUUCAAUUAAAAAAACAUUUGUUGACAAAAAUGUCACCCUUGAUACACUUUAUGCUAAUAGUUUUUACGAUCUUCCUGAGAAGAUACAAUAUAAUUCCUUUAAGAAAUCCAUUGAAUGAAGAGUUUUUAUCACCUUUAUCUGGAUUGAUUUUUAUGCUGAUAGUCUUACUGUGUACCUAGACAUGGAUGCUAACUUGCCCAAUUUUUACCAUACCAGAUAAAGUUCUUGGUAAGUUUGGUAUUUUAGACUAUCAUGCCACCAAUAAAUCAUUCA